CGUCCCCGUCGUCGUCCAGCCUGCCGUUCCUGUCGAGGCGCAGGCGGAGCUAGCGGAGAACGAAGUGGCAGCGCAGCCAGCGUCGCCGGGACGGCCCAGGCCGGACCGUGAUGAGCCGCCGCCCGAGCCCGCCUCCACGCCGGAGAACAUCAGCACUCAGAGGGUGUUCAAGAAGUCCUCCUCCAACAACAAGCUCACCAUCUACCUGGGCUCCAGGGACAUCAUCAUCGCCAACAGGUGUUCGGAGCGCGUGCGCGGCGUGGUCGUCGUGGACCCCGACUACCUGCAGGACCGGAAGGUGUUCGGCCAGAUCACGCUCACGUUCCGCUACGGCCGCGAGGACGAGGAGGUGAUGGGCCUCAAGUUCUGCAACGAGGCCAUCAUGUGCCUGGCCCAGCUGUACCCCGCGCACGAGCGCGCCCAGUCCAUGCCCAACACGCCGCUGCAGGACGCGCUGCUGAGGCGGCUCGGCCCCAACGCCCACCCCUUCUGCAUGGAGAUGACCCCCCUGGCGCCGCCGUCCGUGCAGCUCGUCCCGGCCAAGGAGUACACGGGCGCGCCCAUCGGGACCAGCUACGACGUGCGCGCCUACGUGGCGGAGCGGCCGGAGGAGAAGGUGAACAGGCGCAGCAUGGUGCGGAUGGGCAUCCGGGUGCUGCACAUGGCCCCCGGCGUGCCCCACCCCAUCGCCGCCCCCGCCCCCGCGCCCGCCCCCACCCCCGCCCCCGCCUCCGACGCCGACGCCGACCCAGCGGCCGACGGGCAGGAGCCGGAGCCGGAGCCCGCCAGCCAACUGCGGCCGCCGCACGCCGCCGUCGACAAGCCCUUCCUGCUGAGCGACGGCAAGGUGGAGCUGGAGGCGUCGCUCAACAAGGCCGUGUACAACCACGGCGAGACCGUCAUGGUGAACGUGGCCGUGCACAACAACAGCAGCAGGAGCGUGCGCCGCAUCAAGGUGUUCGUCGUGCAGCACGUGGACGUGUGCAUGUUCUCCAACGGCAAGUUCAAGAACGUGGUCGCCCUCAUCAACUCGCGGGAGCAGUGCCCGCUGGGCCCGGGCACCUCCCUGGACCGCGUGUACGCGCUCAGCCCCGAGAAGGGCACCACCAAGAACUGGAUCGCCCUGGAGGACUCGUUCGCCAGGGGCGGCGCCCCGCUCGCCUCCACCGUGACGUGCGCGUCCAACUCCCCGGACGACCGCAACGUGUUCGCCAUCUACGUGUCGUACUACGUCAAGGUGAAGCUGCUGGUGGGGGCCAUGGGCGGCGAGCUGUCCGUCAAGCUCCCCUUCACGCUGAUGCACUCCUCCUACGACUCGGACCUGCCCUGCCUCAGCAGCGUGCCGUGCUGCGACAGGGUACGGCGUCUUUCUCAGAACAGCACCAAGUGCGACGUUGUUGUCUCUCUCUGACCUGACCGUCUUGCAGCCCGGCGGCGCGGACGGCGAC